UGAUUUUUUAUUUAUUUAUUUUUUUUGGCUGGCAGUGAACAUGGGCGGGACCUUGCACUCUUCUUUUGUGUCCUCACACUUUGAUAGUCAGGAGACACCUUGUUUCAUGUAUGAAGCCAGGUCUUUUAAAGGCGCUCUCACACAAGGUCGUGCCAUUAUGAAAGGACGCAGCUGUGGAGAUUUACUGUGCUGGCUGCUCCAGAGUAGCAUGUAGCUGUCAGUGGUGACUGACUAGACAACCCUGCCACAGUUCCAUCCGGUGCCAGAGUUGGAGAACACAUGGCUUCAGGUGGUGCAGAGGAGGAAGAUGGAGGCAUUCCAUUGGACAUUGACAACGUGCACAUGCUCCUGCAAGUGGAGCAGGAGCAGAUUCAGAAAAGAACAUUCACCAAUUGGAUUAAUGCUCAACUCGCUAAGAGAUGUCCUCCCUCGUUUGUGUCCGACCUCUUUUCUGACCUCAGAGACGGAUCACAGCUGCUUGACCUGCUAGAGGUGAUGAGUGGUCAGUGUCUGAAAAGACAGAGAGGACAUGGGGUUUUCCAGCAGAGGACCAACAUUGAGACGGCGCUCACUUUCCUCAAGAAAAAAUCUAUUAAAUUGGUGAACAUAAACAUCCCAGAUAUCAUAGAUGGACGACCGUCCAUCAUCCUCGGACUUGUCUGGACCAUCAUUCUCCACUGUCAUAUUGAAGAGCUGGCCAGCGCUCUGUCCUUCAGCUCUCGUCAUUCCUCCCUCGACUCUCUGACCAGCCUGGACUCCUGGACUCCCGGCAGCCCCGUCCCCGCUAGUCCGGUCCCCACAGGGCGGACGUCACCUCUCCACAGGCGCUUCAGAGUGUCAGCCAAGAAGGCUCUGCUCAUGUGGGUCAGGGACCAAUGCCAAAGGGUCGGCAGCUCUGUCAGUGUGAAGGACUUCAAGUCCAGCUGGAGGAGUGGAGAGGCCUUCUUGGUCAUCCUGUGUUCUCUCAGACCACAGCUGGUUGACCUCUCUCUGGUCCAGUCCAGAAGCAACCAGGAGAACCUGGAGGAAGCUUUUCACUUGGCCGAAAGGGAGCUUCACAUCCCGCCCCUGCUAGAACCUCAGGAUGUUGAUGUCAAAGACCCGGAUGAGAAGUCCAUUAUGACAUAUGUGGCCCAGUUUCUCCAGUACUCCAAUGACAUGCCUGCGCCUGAUGACCAUCUGCAGCUGUUUCCUCUGGAUCAGCCGUUCUGCUUCUCACCUGUGAAUUUACCCGCUCACUUCACUCCAGCAAUGGCUGUCUCGUCAUUACGCCAGGUCCCUUUGAGUGAGCGAGCGCACGAGGUGACUUCCUGGCUGCAGCAGUCCUUUCAGGAACUGUCAGAGUCCUGGAUGAGCACAGAGAACUCGGGCUACGCAGAAAAAUAUCAAGUGUUCCAGAAUCAUACUGGCUCCUUCUCUGAGCAAAGGAGACACGUCAUGAGCCUCCUCUCCAAUAUAAGUCGUCGCCCUGAGCUUAGUCGAGCGCUGCAUGAUCUCAGAGCAGCAUGGGAUCGUAUGGAGGAUGAGUUGCAGCGAUGUAAAGCAGAGCUGGACCUGAUUCUUCCUCCUCCUCUGGACUCAGUGGUGUCAUGGCUGCAGCGUGCAGAGGCAGCACUGACAGAAGGAGGACGGACGGCCAAAGAUCAUGCAGACAUCGCUAAAGAAGCCCGAGCACAACAGGAAACACUUAAGACUUUAAUUGACGAGAUGAGCCAUUAUGUCAAAACCCUUGACAACUACAACAACAUGGACGACUCAGGGAACAUGGAGGUGCCAGUUGAAAAGUUUGACGAGAUAAAAAGACGUGUUACCCAUAUCAGAGUCACCACCAAAUAUCAUGGGAUCAAGUUGGAAUACCGGGAAUACCGCCACACUGUCCUGAACCUCCUGAAUCGCAUAAAUGCCAAGAUUCAGACGUGGAAAAGUCCUUAUAGAACCGAGGAGGACGUGCAUGUACAUCUGCAAGACUGGCAUGAAACAGUAGAGCACCAAGGCCUGAUUCUGAUUCUGAUGGACUCCCUCCAGAACCUGAAGGAGAAGGCUAAUGCUUACACCAGCAAGGCAGCACUAGGUGAAGAUUCCCAGCUUGUUCAGCGUCAGGUGAAAGAGGCUGAAAUGGAGGCUGAGUUGCUCACAGAAGCUGCGACAACAGUGAGAGGAAGGAUGGAGAGAGUAGCGUCUGCGUGGAACACUUACAGCAAGUGUCUCCCUUCACUGCAGACGUGGCUCUCACAGUCAGAAACUCCGUCUCCUGCUGCAGGGACACAGGACAUGAGUGAGUGGACGUCCUGUCACGCUAAGCUAAAUGAGGCCGGGAACUUCCUUAUUGAAGCAACGGAAACUUCAACCAGCCGCAGUCUGGUCGGACAACUCAGCAAGAUCAACAAGUGCUGGGCUGGAUGUGUGAAGAGGACAAAGUUUGACGUCUCAGCCGAGCCCAGUGUUAAUCCACCAGGUCUUCAAAUGGUGCAUUCACUGACCCAGGACCUUACCUGGUUACUGAGACAACCGCUGGACGUGGCCUCUGUUCCUCUGAAUGCGACAAGACAGAAACUACAGCUACUGAGUAAAAAGUUGGCAGAGGUGGAUGCGUCGUCGCUCAGUUUAUCCCCGGAAAUAGAGACUCUCCCAAAGAUGCUGGCAGAGGCAGAGAGGAGCUGCUGGGAGCUGCAGCGAGCUGCGUCCAUGCUCGAGGGCCGCCUCGCUGAGCUGGACCACUGGAGCUCAGACGCUCUGGACUGUUACCAGCUGCUGCAGGAGAAAAUGCAGAGAAGGCGCUCCGCACUGGACUCCGCAGCCAAAGUGCUGCUCUCUCGAGGUUUGCAGCUGGAGAACCAGGUUGUGACCGAGGGACGGGAUCUGCAGGACGUUAUUGGCCGUGUACGGAAAUCUUCUCCUCUGCAGCACCUCAGUGCCUCUGGGCUACAGCACAGAGUCUCGGAGGCCAUCUCCAACUGUCAGGAGAUUCUUGGAUUGUUUACUUCCCUUGGGUUUGAGGACUCAGUCCGUCAGACUCAAAGACAACGAGAGACCGGGGUUUUUGUUGUGGCCAGAACCAAACAUGCAAACUGGACUGAGAAUAUUAAGGUGCAGAACCAGGACCCAAGUCAAAUUUCUCCUGUGUAUCUAUCUCAUAUGUCUCAACAAAGCACAAGACAUUCGGUGAACAGGAACACACAAGAUGAAACGACCAUUGUUGUUCCUACUGUUGAAAUCCAAAUGCUGCCUCAGCCUUUCCGGGAACCAGUGCCUCAUUUUCACUUUUGUGAAUCUAAACCAGUGAUGCAGCUUCAGUUACGUCCCGAAACCCACAGUCAGCCUUUGACGCAAACUGCUGCUGCUGCUGCUGCUGCUGGACUAACAUUUCAAAAAAGCACAGUUCUCCAGUCUGAGAGUCAAAAAUCGAAAUCCGUCAACAGAGGCUCUCAGUCUCCACAGCCACCGGUGAUGGUCCACAGUGAAGUUCAUCUAAAGGCCCAGUCGAUGGCGAGGAGCCGAAUGGAGAGGGCCAGAGUCCGUCUGCAGGAGCACAUCCAACAGUCCAUCAAGUUAUUCAGCAGCAGGGAGAUUUCAGAGUCACAAGCCAAGAGGAAAAAGUGGGCUUUAAAGAUUCUGCAGCCCGUCGUCCUCGAGGAGUUCCUGGACGCAGCGGAAGGUUUUGGCGCCUUCUGCUCUGAGCCGCAGCUCCAGGACGUGAUGCUCCAGUCUGAAACAGUCAGAAAGCAGUGGGAGGACGUACGCAGAGAAAUGGCUGCCUUUGUUUCCGUCUUAUGGUCUAAGAUCAGAGAAGGAGAGCAGUCAUUUUCUGUACUAACGUGUACUAACGCUCUCCACGACACUACUGACCACACUGACCACACUGACCACGACUGUUUCCGGCAGCAGCAGCAGCAGCAGGCCGUCGUGGACGGAGCUGCUUCUGCAGGAGAACGGGUGGAAGCUCUGAGAGCGCUGCGUGAGACAGUGACACAGAGUAGAUCAUCGGGCCUGGCAGCAGAUCAGCCGAUGGAGACACACGGAGCACAAGAAAGACGUCCCACUGACACAGUUCUCUCAGCCUAUAACAGGGAACAGCAACCAGACCUGACACCUGUGGCGGUCUCGGUGCCACACUGUGGUGAAACUCUGCCACUGCGAUCUCCGUACGUCCUGAUGGAAACACAGGAACACGCAGACGCCGGGUCGGCGCACAACCGAGUCCAACGUCAAGUACAGACGGUCGUCAGCGGCGACACUGUGGAGACCGAGCAGGCGGAGGCAGAGUGGACCGUCGCCCCAGAGACGGAGACGGUCGUCGCACAACAGGAAGAGAAUUCGCCUGAACAGGAAGUGCUGGAAAGGAUGACGUAUGUGGAGAAGACAGCUGACCUGAUGGAGUCUACGGGUCAUCAGACGUCACUGGUGUCGCAAAAACUGGACAAACUCAUCACACGGUCCGUGGACAUCUCCUCCUUCAGAUUUGCUGACCAGAAUCUGGAGUCCAACUUAAAGGAGAUGAACGAGAGGCUGAGGAAACCGUUGACGCAAAGCAGCCAAGAGGAAACACAACAUCCAGAAACCACAUCCCUCCACCAGACUCCCUGCAGCAGUGUUGGAGAUCUCCAAAUAUUCCAACAGCAGCUGGGGAAUGUUGAGUUUGCUGCCCAGGCUGGGGAUCACUUCGUCUUAGCUGCUCUGAGUGAAGGCAAGGCAGAGAUCCCAGCAGCCUUCCUGGCAAAGCCGAACACACACAGGCAGCAAGACGAGGCAGAGCAGGAGCUGGAUAGACUUUCUUGGCAGAGACCGAUGCAGCACAGUUUGCAGACUGAACAAUCUGAUGUUGCUGACGGGGAUUUAAAAGCAGCGGGGACGAUUCUGACCACAACUGUGACGCAACAGGAAGUGGUAACAUCAUUGCCAAGGAACACGGUGGAUGUGGAGGAGGCCAAACACCAGGAGAGCAAUGAGGAGUUUAGUCCUGUGAAGAUGCGUGUGACAGAGACACAUCCGGAGCAGGAGCAUCCACCUCCACGUGAGGGGGAGCAGGAGUCAAGGUUGGAGGCUGAAGUGGAUGCAGAGGUAGAGCCACAGAGAGAGGAGGAGGAGCAGAAGGCUGAAGGAGACGUGGAGGGUCAGAGGAGGAGAGGGAGCUGCGUUAAGGGAGAAGGAGAAGAGAAGCAGAGUUUUGUCCAGAGGAGAGCUGCCUUCUUAGGAGCACUGAGGGACAUAAGGAGAGCAGCUGAACAUGUGAGGCUACACGAGGCCACGCUGCCCGCUCUGCAGCUGAGGAAACGUGCUCUGACAGAGCUGGACAGUCGCCUCGCCGGCCUCCUCUCCGAGCUGCAUCACGCACAACAUUCUCCUCAGAGCGGCGAAGUCAAGGACGUCUGGGACGAGACGACGAGAGCUGUAACUGAACGGCUGGAGCUUUGCUGUGUCCUCACUGAGCUGAUGAAGAGGUUUCAGAGCGUGCGCGCUGAGCUGAGCGGGACGUUACAGAGAGCAGAAACCACCAUCAGUGAAAAAGCCUCAUACAUGGGGAGAGAAAACCUGCAGAGGUUAUACACAAAGGUUCAGGAAACGAAAGCUGAGCUUCACCACGCCGGAGACAGCAUCGAGGAUGUCCGCAGCGUCUGUCGGCAGAUUCACACUCACCUGCGUCGGAUGCCAGAGUGCGACGCCAUCCUAUUCGAGAGUGAAGCCGAUACGCUCACGGACAGCUGGCUGGACAUAUCAGAGCGAACAGAUUCCCACCUUGAAAACCUGCGUCUGGGCCUGACUCUGUGGGGUGGAGUCCUUCAGCUCGGAGCAGAGGUAGAGAACUGGACCUCCGCUAAAGUAAACACGUUUGUCCAGUCGCCGUCUUUUCAGUCCGAGGACGACAUCGAGCCGCUGAAGAGUGAGAUUGUGUCCCAGGAAAAGCGAGUGGAGCAUUUUGAACGUAAAGCCAGCGAGAUUCAGUCGCUGCUUCAAAGCACAGACCCGCUGCUGGAGCUGCAGGUGACGGGGAACCAGAUGAGGAAGAAGCUGGAGCAGCUGAAGGAGCUCGUUUCAGAAUCCGAGGAUGUUUACAGGCAGACGGUGGCUGCCAAGGAACAAAUAUCUGCCAGGACGACCGAGUGCUUCACAUCCCUGCGAAGGAUUCAGGAGUCUCUCCUCACUCUCAGGGGCUCAGACGUCUCAACAGUCCUUGCACAACUUAAAGAUUUGUGUCUGAAACUCCAGAGCCAGGAUGAACAAGCAGAGGGUUUGAUUGAGGAUGUGCAGGUUCUGUCCUCCAUCUCCAGUCCACAUGGUCUGCAGAGUCUGUGCGCGGGAGUCGUCCGGCUGCAGGAGGAAGUCCGAAACUCGCACCAGCUCUUCUCUGAGGUGGAAGAACGCACUCAGCGGAACAUCCAGGAUCUGGACAGGCUGCAAAUGGAGUGUGAGCAGUUGGAGCGAUGGCUUCAAGGCGCUGAGGAAAAAGCAGCCAAGGGGGAGGAUGUUAUUCUCCUGCAAGAGGAAGCUCUUAAACUAAGAGUGAGGACAGACGUCCUCAGUCGGCUCGUGUCGUCCUUGCAAAGCAGUGACCUUCAGCAAACGGCACCGGUGCUUGAAAGCAGCAAACUUUUGGAGAGAUACCGCAACUUCUACUCUGUCGUUCUACACGGAGAAGAAGAGAAGCAGCGUCCUCAUCCUCAAUCAACCGAGACAUUGCUGGAAGACUCAGCAAACCUAGAAACACAAACGUCCCAACUUGAAGCACCGAAGGACUCGAUCGGUGACGGCAGCCUCUCCCACCUCCAGCAACACAAGAGGGCGCUAGACAGCAGCAGCAUCACAGAAACCCUGGCAGUGCUCCUCACAGAGAACAGCAGCCUGACAGUUCAUCAAGUGAAGGACGAGCUCUCCAGUGUUCACGCGGCUGUGAAAGAUCUGGCAGAAAAUGUUGGAAACCUGCGCGUCAACCGUGAUGUGAGGCAGCUCAAACAGCAGUGGUGCGUCAUACAGGACGUUGAAAGCAGGCUGACAGAGUUGGCCUCCAGAGUUCACACUCUGCAGGACUCUGACGAGUCCCGCGUCACACAGAAAGUCCCCCCUUCGGAAGCCACUGUGAACGUCAAUGGAGUCACUAAAGACUUUGACAGCCUCCGGUCCGUCUUUCUCCAGAAGAAGCAGGAGUGUGCAGAGGCCACUGCUAACCGGGUGAAGGAGGUGGUCGAGCAGCUGCGGCGCUGGAGGCACACCGUAGGAGCUGAACCGGCAUCACUCGGCCAGGCAGCUGCCGAUGAAGGUUCGCAGCUUCGACAAUAUCUCAGAGAGUUACUCGCAGACAAAGAUUUUCUUCCAAACAUUUUGGGAACAACAGCCUCAAAGGACCUGCAGAAAAAAGCCUCUAUUGCUCUCACUGAAAGCUCCUGUGUACUUAAUGCCUUGUCUGAAUGCCAGAUAACUCAAGGUCCAAAUGAAGUGGAACUGGACAAAAGGGAGACGCACGGAUCACAUUCUGCUUCACUGGAUGAGAUGGUGGCCGUGUGUCCUCCAGAGCCUCCUUCCCUUUCUGCAGCAGAUGAGGGAAUGUCUGAAAGUGAUCGGAAUGAAAAUCCGAUCGUUACCAAAGCCUUGGUCAGCAUUUUAGAAAGACAGCGUCCUUCAACUGAGCCGGCCGCAAACAAUUUAGGAGGAUCUAAUAUGGAAGCUGUAAGAGACGUGGAACGAGAAGACAUUUCAGUCAGGAGCUUUAUGCAAUCAGCCAAAAACGGUGCCUUAGAACGUAAUCACGUCCCAAAUACAAAGAUCCCACAUGAGCCUUCUGUUGAAAUCCAACAGUUGACUUCAAAAUUACACUUGAUAAAUGAUCUUGAGCCAGAUGAAGGUCACACUGGGAACACUGAUAGCAGCCUUCAAAGCGCUGAACACCCUCAGACGCUUUCUGGAAAUAAAAUGGAGCCUUUAAAGUCAGAUUCACGUGAACCUGAACCACUGCAGGAAGACGCUACGUCAAUCCUGGACUGUAACACAUCUGUGGCCACGACACACAAAGACUUCCCACCUUCUGCCACUGAAGCGACGGCACAACCAAAGGGAACGACGGAUGCUCUUGAGCGACUGACUCCAAAGACGGUGUACACGAUAGUGCUGGAGAUGGAGCCACGUGUCGCGUCGGAGAGGGAAAACGUCGGCGCGGAGCUGAUCGCAGAAGUUUCAAACACGGGCUUCACUAAGCAGAGACUGGACCUGCUUUCAAAAUCACUCAGCCCCAAAUCUAACAAAACAGACGUCUUGAGGAAAAACCAUUUAGCUGCGCAUGUAGAGACGAUUAAAGAUUUUAAAGAUGGCCAAGAAAAGGAGAGGGAUAUGGAGGUGACGCCAAAGAGUGUGUUUACAAUAGUGUUGGACAUGGAGACGCCUGUGCGACAGGGAAGGGGAAACGUUGAAUCACUCUGGAAUAUCACAGAAGAAAGUCUUGGACCAAAAUUGUCAGAUAAGUCCUUGACAAUGAGCACAGAGGUUAAUGAGGUACAGUCUACAAGUGCCAUAUUACCAGAAUCCCCAGAAUUAAAUCACGACAUGGCAUUUAAUUCCUCCACAUGUCAGCUCACUGCAGCAGAAACAACAUUUCCCAGUGUCAAACUGGAUGCGACAGAUCUGUGUCGCACCGUGAGCUCAGUCAUGUGCGCGGUGGAAAGUCCGGUGCAGAGCGGAGACACCUUCACUGCAACCUGUGACGAUGAGCAGACGAUGGGUGCCGACACUGCAGAGAGUGCAGGUACGGGAGGAGCAGCAGAGUUGACAGAAGGAGGAAACGCAGAGGAGGCGAGUGGCUCUGAAGGCCCGGAGUCCAACAAGCACCCGGAGGUGACAAAAAGACGAGGCAUCGCUUUGUUGCUAGGAGAUGAUGGUGAAGACGAGUUACCUGCAUCGCUGGAAGACGCAGAGGAGACGCAGGAACAGCCUCAGACGCAAGAAGGCGCGGAGCCUGAGAGGACGGUGCUGGGUUUGUCCACUGCGGAGACAAAGAUGUCCCACAAAAGCAGCUCCGCAACAAUGCUGGAUAUUUUAUCCGACAUACAGAGCCUGGUGGAGAGGGGAAACAUAAUAAAUAGGACACCACACAUUGAUCUGAAGUGGUAUGUGAAGUCCUCUCCUGGCGAACCAGAGAUUCGGUUGGUACGAACCGUCCAGCAGGUCCUGGCGUGUCGAUACCAGCCGGCACAACUCGAUGCCACAGCUAUGGCCAAACAGCUGGAGGAGGCUGAGGAGUACAGGUCCUGUGUGCAGGAGCAGGUAUCGGCUAUGAAAAGCGCGAGCGAUGCCACUGACUGUGACCCCAAUGCCCUGAAGAGAGCUGAAGAACGGCGGAGUGCUGCUCUGCUCGAAGCCUCUGCUACGUUGCAGGUGAAAGCGGCACAGCUGGAUCAGGUCAAACAGUAUCACAGACAGAUGAAGAUGGCUCGAGCUCUUCUGCAGGUCUUAGCUGCUGAGAAGGAAAGCAUGAGCUUAAAUGCUUUGGGGUGCAGCGCUGUUCAAGCUCAGAAACUUCAUGCUCUGCUGCAAACCAUGGAAAGGAAGAAGGACGUCAUGGAGGAACUGCUUCACCUAAGCAGCCAGUUAUCAGCGCACUUGAGCGACGCCGAGAGUUCGGGCGCUCUCCUCGCCCAGCUUGGAGAUGUCCAAGAGGAAUGGAGGCUUUUAGAAGGAAGUAUCAAGAGAGCUCUGCGACACGCCGCAAACUCUGCCUCUCAGUCCUCUGUUCUCAUCAAAGAGGCCGAACACCUGAAAGCCAAGCUUGAAGAUCUUCACAAAUCCAGCCCUCAAAGCAAUGACGGCAAAAGCGCUUUAGAACUAGCUUGUCUGACCACGGAUGUAAAACUCUAUAACCAGCUUUAUCUACACUUAAAAUCCCAGUCGGACGCUCUCGUCCAUUUCUCCGUGGGUCAGAAGGAGAAGAAUGAGAUCCAGAAUAAGCUUCAGGAGCUGGAGUCAUUGCUCGACGUCACCAAGAAAAUGCUCAGCACUUUGGCAGGUAGCUGUGGAGGAACGUCGUUAACCAGGAUCAAUAAACAAUUACAGGACUUGAUCAUCUGGGCCAAACAGGCAGAAAACCACAUCUCUAUUGGGAAAAAACUAGCUCUCUUCCCAGAGGAAGCGCGCAGUCAAAUUGUUGACAUGAAGAAAUUUCAAACGGAUAUCUUGUCCCAGCGGUCUAAAAUGCAAGCACAGAUAGAGGAGAUAAAAGAAGUAGCUUCUGAUAUGGAAAAAGAGGAAAGUGACCAAGUAGUGAAGACAGUGGAAGACCUUUAUGAAGCCAUUGCAGACAGUUUGGAUCAUGUUCUUGGCACGAUGAAGAACCACCUACAGAAGAGGGAGAAACUGUUAUCCCAGCUGGCUAGCUUGGACGCCUGGCUAGCACAAUCGCAUGCUACAAGAGACGUGUAUUCCCAUGUCGAAAAUGUUUCCAAGGCUGACGUCCAAAAGCUGCAGAGUGAGCUGGAGAGGCACAGAUUAGCCACCGUGGAGAUCAAGAGCAAGUUAAAACUGGUGGAGGCCAUGGAAGAAAGUUGCAAGGACAUCAUAGAGGGGUUGAGUCCAGGAGAGAGCCGCUACCUUGUCAACAGACUGUCAGGCCUUUGGACAGAAUUGGAUGGACUGCUAGCUCACGAGAAAGCAACCAGCUGGGAAUUAGAGGAGCUGAUUCAUGAGCGAACCUCUUCAGAUGAGGAGUUAUCAACCAUCCAGAAUAACCUGAAGGAAAUUUCUACUGAUCUGGAGAAGCAAAGGUUCCCCUUAAGGCAGGAAACCCUUUCAAUGGUAGCACAAGUGAUGCACAUGCUAAUGGAGAAUCAGUGUCAGGUACAAGAGCUUCAGCACUGUCAUGAGGCCAAGCGAAGUGCCUUGCUGUGCACCAUUGGGGAACUGCAGGACAGGUGCAAAGCUCUUCGCCUCAGUGCCUUUGAGCAACACAAAUAUCUGCACCUGAGGAGACAAAUGGAGGAAUCUAGGGACAUUGCCAACGAGCAAAUCCAGCGUGCCAGAGAUAGAACAAUCAGUGUGGGUGAGAGGUUCAGAUUAUGCCAGACCCUCCUGGUGGAACUUCCUCUGGUGAAGACACAGUGUCAAGAAGCAGGAGACCAAUUAGAGGCCAUAGCUCAUGAGCUGCACCCAUCCCAGCUUAAUUCAGAGAGGCAGAGGAUUCAUCACACCGUGGAAACUUUGGUGACUUGGGAGCAUACUGUCACAGAUGAUAUCAAAAACCUUGAGGCCAAGCUCCUGUCAGGUCUACACCUUUCCUCUGAACAUCCUGCUUUAACUGAGCUCUUCCAAAGAACAACAGUGGAGCUGGAUGAAGCCAAACCAGUCAGUCCAGAUGAGAAAGCAAUCGACGGUGCGCUGCGAGGAUCCUGGGUCAUUUGGAGAAACAUGAAGUCUGGGAUGCGGGUGUUAAAAGCUCUGGGAAGGAAAGAAAACAUUAACCUGAAGAACGACGAGGAGCUUAACUCACUUAUAGACACAGCUAUACAGAAAUGUCACGUGCGAAUGGAGUGUUUAUCCCAGGCUCGAGAAUCUUUAAAGGAUUACCAGUGGGCAGCUCAAGGAGCGAUAUCCUUUCUCCAUAACGCUGAAGCCACCUUUUUGUCAGCUCCUGGAGGGUUUCUGGACUGUACCGAGGAACAAAGACAGACCCAGCAGGCUCUAGAGGUUCUCGAAGAUGGAUUUCAGGCUCACAUGUGCCACCUUGUAGAGCUGCUCCCCCGGCAACCCUGCCUCUCGCACCCAGAGGUCGAGCAGCUCCACAUCAGCAUUCUCAGCCAGUUGUUGGUGGGUCGAGCGACACUGGAGGCACAGGCCCAACUCAGGCUGGAGUCCUUGCAAAGGUGUGCAGUGAGACAGCAAAGCCACAGGAGUUGUCAUGAAGACAUGCAGCAGCGUCUUUCCGGGCUUGAAGCCAGACUUUCAGAAUGUGCUUCAGCCCCAGUGACGUCGUACGAAAAAUGUGUCACCCAACAAAAGAGUGCGACCCUACUGAUGAUGGCGCUCCGCAGCCUCGCCGGGAAGAUAGAAGAGCUGAGAGCCGGGUGUCCGAUGCAGGGCUGCUGUGUUGGUAAGGACGGGGAGCUUGGAGCCCUGUGGCGCCGCUGGUCGUCGCUGCGGCGCGGCAUCGGCCUCCUGAUGGCGCACGCGGAGCAGAGGCAAGAGGAGUGGAAGGACAUCACGACAAGUAUACGGCAGUGUUGCAGUUUUCUGGCCAGUCUUCAGGCCGAGGUGCCCGACUCCUCCACCGUGAGCUUCACUCAGGAGAAACCCCAGGAGCUUCUCGUCCAGGCUGAGAUACACCAGGCCGGUCUGGAGCAGGAGCAGCAGGCCUUAUCAUCCCUGGAGCAUCGACUGGAGCACGCGCUGAGCUUAUCCGAGUCCCAGGACCCCGUCAGUCCCGGACCCGUGGGCAAAACCCUGGUGAAGAUCCAAGAGAACGUCAGGAGCUUGAAAGAGAGAAACCUGCUGAUCGUAGCUGCCGCCCAGGAGGAGGAGAACAAAAGGCAGCAAGUCCAAGAGGAGAUAGAAGAGGUGGAGAAACACAUGCUCACCAUUCUGCCACAGCUGGAAACCUGUUCCAACCCAAGCCAGCGACAGGAGCUCAGAGAGGAUUUGUCCUUGCAGAAGACCAGACUGCAGAGCAUCAUGGACGAGGUUCAGAGCCGGUACGCGGAGAUUCCUGAUGAUCUCAGCCAACGUCUCAGGGACACAGAAGUGUCACUGCAGAGAGCAGAGGAGGAGCUCAUGGAGAGAAGUGUCCCAGUCCGUAAACUGGCUGCUCGAGUGAGGGAGCUGGGCUCAGGUCUGGAGAAGGUGAAAGUUCUGCUGGAGCAGAAAAGUCCAACAGUCAGUGAAGCUCAAAAUGUGCUCAAGCGUGUCUGGGACGAGCUGGACUUGUGGCACAGCCGUCUGAUGCUCGUGGAGAGCGAGGUGCAGGACCUCGCCGAGGAGCAGCCGGAUCAAGCACACGUCCUCAUGGACCACCUCACGCAGCCGCUGCAGCUCUACCAGAACGCCUCGCAGAUGGCCGAGUACCGCACGUCCUUCCUCAGCAAGAUUCCCGCCUGUCUUAAGGAGUUUGAAGACAUUUCUUACAGCGCCAGCUGCUGGUUGGAUGAGGCCCAGGCAUGGCUCAGUGCUUGUUACUCAUUCACGACAGCCAAAAGUCUCCAGAAUCAUGCAAAGUCCCUGCAGCUGGUGCUGGACGACUCUGAGAGGAUCAGGGACAUGUUGCAGGACUUCAGGCCGGUGCUGUCGGAAAUCUCUGCCGUGUGCGACGUCGGGGCGCAGGAGCACAGGCUGGACCAGAACGACCGAGGAGUCCACAAGAUGCAGCGCCACCUCCUGGAGCCGCUGGAGCAAAUCAUGCAGGCGGCUGUGAUGGUGGAGGCGAUGGAGACUGAAGUGAAGACCAUGGAGAGGAACGUUCCCAAGAUCAGAACUAUUUUGUCCACCAUGGACGACUCCAACAUAACUCUGAGAGAGCAUCUCCACAACCGACAGGUGAUCCUGGCCAACGUGCAGUCGAUCCGGCGGACUCUGGAGGACAUGGAGAGUUGCAGAGCUGAGCUCCCUCUCCCACAGGGGGAAGAAGAGAGCCUGCUGGUCUUCUCUCGAGCCAAGCAGCUCCUGCAGCCGCUGGAGGAGCUGCAGGAACUCACCCAGUGUCAAGCCUCACAGCUGGAGAACAAGAUCCGGGAGGAGGGAGAGCACAGCACUGUCUCUCAUGUUCCUGGAGAAAUGCAGCUGCGCGACACAUCCUCACUAACUGGCCAGCAGGAGCCUUUUGCAGAGUCUCACUCAGAGGAAGAGGAGGAGGAUGAUGAGGACGACAACGAGAGUUGUCACUCGUCGUCCUCUGACACACUAACAUGCAGUAUUCCAGAGGACCCAGAGGACCCACUCACCCGUGAAGAAGCUGCGGACGUGAAGGCUUCCUCUGAGACGGAGAUGAGCUCAAACAACGCCGAAGCUCAGCUUUUGUACAUGAAACCCGGACGUGACGACAUUGACUUUGCAACUAAAGAUGUUGACACUGGAUUAAAAUCAGCCAAUGUUGGCGAUUCGUCCUGUCCUGAGACUCCAGCCACUGCUGCAGCGGAGGUCCAGCACUCUGCAACUGACCGACAUAAAUCAGCCAAACAUGAAACACUUGACCCCAAACCUCACACAGAGUCCCUCCAGGCUGCAGCUGCCAUUGAAGACACGAGGCUGAUCCCUGUGAGACCCAUAACUCCUUUCACCGCCUCUGGAGAGUCGGCCGAGUUCAUAGCGGACGGAGACGAAGACCUGGCUUUGUCCACAGCUUCACAACAAGAUGUGAGCUUGAAGGAGCAAAGUGAAAUUCGAACCAGUCAUAAAAGUUUGGAGGAGAAGCCACAAGUGAAGGAGUCGUCUAAGGUGCAGUUCAGUUUGGCAGGAAGACACGAUGAAGAUGAGGAAGAGGAGAACCAGAGAUGGAGUCGACUGCACGCCCAGAUCUCCCAAACGCUCACGGCGUGGAACAACGUUCAGCAUCAAACGUCAACCACGUCUGAACAUGAACAGGUUCCAGAAAAGGAGCCGCUAUCAAGCAGAUGUGCUUCCUCUGUUCUCCAGCAGACACAGGAGUCCAUCACCACGCUGAGAAAAAUACUGAAGUCGGCAGAUGGUUCCGAUCCAGAGGCGAAGGAGAAGUUGUACGAGGCUCUGCAGAAGGUUCUCUUCUGUCUGGACACUGGGACUGACCUUCUGUCAACUCCAGAUGGCGCUGGUGAAGACGAACUCCAGCUGAGGCUGGUGCAGCAGGAGUGUAUAUCAGCGGAGUUGGAGACUCUGGCCGACCUGUUGAAGACGGUUGAAUCUGAAACCAGGCGUGAGGAUCCAGACUCCCUCCAUGGUUUGACCUGCCUGCAGGAUUGUCUCUGUAGAGUCCAGCUGCUCUUCACCUCAUCCAUCAACCGCCUCACUCCACGUCUGGGCUUCAAACACCGACCUCAGUUCUUCAACCAGCUGUGUAUCCUGGACGAGUUUGAAGUGCGACAGAGCGAAACCUUCCCAAAUCUAAAGGAUGCACCUGAUCUGGAGCGGUGCGUCCUGGGCAGACAUCUGAGGCAGAGUCCAGGGGAGAGAGCCAAGCUGCAGCAAGCAUCCCGGGCCUCGCUUCAGGGGAUAACUCACCUCCUGGAAGUGGGCGAGGAAUUCAUAAAAGAGAGGCAGAUGAGCCAGGUUCACAGCCUCGGCCAACUUCAAGCCGCUCUCUGCAGACACGAGAAGCUCCGGCAGGUCCUCGGGUCUCAGUUGGCUUUUGUGCAGUGUCUGUUCCGGCGUGAGCCAGAAGUGCUCAGGUGUCAGGAGGAUGAGUGGCUGCAGCUGGAAGUCCGGGCCAAAGCUUUGCAGCAACAGGCUCUGGGACAGGACGUGGCUUCUCAAAGGAGGCUGCAGGAGUGGACGCUGUGGGACAACCACUGCGGUCGAGUGGGUCGGGCACUGGAUGAGUUUGAAGCCUUCAUCAGCAACGGGGAACCAGAGGGAGACGAUGAGGAGUCUGUGGUUCAGCACAGUCUGGAAACCUGCCAGCAAACCCUGGUGCAGUUGGACGAGAGUCGAGCUGCCGUAGGUUUCCUCCUGGAUCGGUGCAGGCUGCUGCAGACGGAGCCCGCGUCGUUUGCUGCCUCGCUCGUCCAGACAGGAGGCGCUGUGGAGCUGCGGUGGGCGAAUGCCCUGAGGCGCGCCGAGCAAGAGAUUCAGCGCUGCAGAGACAUCCAGGACGUUGGAUCCAGAUUCCACACAAACUUCGCCUCGGUCAGUAAUUGGCUGGCCGCUGCCAACGAACGCUUGAAGUCUUGGUCCAACCCGAACCAGGAGUGUGUCCACAACAGUGUCAUCGAGCUGCUGGACUUCUCCAUGGAGGUAGAAGCCAUGUCUGUGCAGAGAGCAGCUGUUUCCACUGAAGCCACUCAGCUGAUCCACCUGAGGGAAGCCGACAGUCCCGUGAGAGCUCAGGUCACUCAGCUGGAGGUCGACUGGAGCCAGCUGACCUGUGACCUGUCCAAGACACAAGACCAGAUUCACAAGCGACUGCUGGCUCGGUGGCCGCCGGUGGAGCUGCUCUCCGACCUGGAGACGUGGAUGAAGAAGCUGCAGGCUUCGCUGAGCCGAGAGAAAGAAAACCAUCUCAAGAUUAAAGAUGCUGCUCAGAUCAAUGAAGUCCUGCACCAUUAUCAGGAGUUAAAGGCAGGUACUGUCAGUGGGCAGCUCCUCCUUGAUUUCCUGUGCCAGUCUGGGCCUCGGGCAGCAGCAGUGGACGUCCAGGUUGUACAAUCUGAGCGUACGGUGUUUGCAGAGGAACUUGGCGCUCUCACACUUCAGUUGCUUCACCUGCAGCGAGAGCUGGACAGCCAGAUUCAAGGGGCCGAACAGAUGCGUCACACCUGUGCGGUCAGAGAGAGGAAGCUAAAGCGUCUCCGUGGUUGGGUGACGCAGCAGAAAAAGCAGCUGAGUCAGUGGAAACAACCCACGAGUCAAAGUGUGGCUCGCCGGGCUCUGGAAGAGUGGGAGACGUCUGCAGACAGAGUGAAGGAGGUGGCUGCAGCCCUGCAGGAGCUGAAAGCCUCUCGAGUGUGUGGUGAACAGGAAGAGGAGUGUCCUUGUGACAUCACUUUCUCAAACCAGGCAGAGAGUGUUUGUGACUCCUGUGAGGAUCUUAGACAACAGAUGGAAGUUGUGAGACCAGCGCUACAGCACACACUCGAGAAGUGGAGCCGUUUUGAGCGAGAUCUGAGUGAAGUUACUCUGAACGCCACUGAGGUUCUCUGUGCUCUGCGGCAUCAGCGAGCCACACUCUUCUCACUGAAGCAGGCAGAAGGAAACAUGGAGCUCCUCCAGGAACUCCAGAGGAAGGCAGAGAAAGGAGAAGAGCUUUGGGCAGCUGUGGAAAAGUCCCUCCACAGUCUGGUGAAGACUCUUCAUGGUGGAACAGCACGGGUAUUAAGUGACCAACUGGAAGGAGAGCAGAAACGGUGGAAGGACAUAACCCAGGAGCUGAAUGACGAGCAGGUGAAGAUGGGAGAGACGGUUUCUCUGUGGCAGGAGUACAGUCGUCUCUCUGAGAGCUCCUCCCUUCACCUGAAGCACCUGAGACUUCAGUGGGAGGAGCUUCUGGAUUCUUCACAGUCACCUGAACAUGACAAGCAGACUGUCGUUGACGCAGUGGAGAAGUUGCAGGAAGUUGCUGAGAGAAUGCAAACAGGCGUGAGCGAGACGCUGGAUGCUUCCGAGCCUCUCGCUGGGCGAUUAGAACCGCUGGCCGCGAAUCUGAUCCAGUCCGAGAGCAGACUCCUGUCACGUGACGCCCUGCUGCUGACCCGGGCGAUGGCAGAGAAAAAGAAAAGUCUUCAGGAGGAUCUGCAAAACCACAGACUGUUUCACACUUUUUUGCUGAACCUUGAAAAGCAAACACAGAAUAUCAAAGAUAAAGUGAUGGCUGGUUUAAAGGAUGAAGACUCUGUGAAGCAGGUUCUCUCGGAGCUCAGUGAUCUGUUUCCGUCGCUGGUUGACGUCGGCGAGAUGAGCAGCUAUUUGAGCCUGAACAACCAGGACACAGAGCGACUGCACGCGGUCUCCAAGGAGUGGAUGGAGAGCAUGAGUCGCACAUCUGACAUGAACAGAGAGCUGCAGGCCGAGUGUCAGAGUUCCCAGAACUUUCAGGAGAAGUGUGAGAAACUGACACGUCUCACGGAGAAACUCGUCGAGGAGGCGGCGUCCGCGAAACCUCAAAGUAACUCAUGUGUUCAAGAGACGCUGAGUCUGCAUCAGAGGCUUCAGGCUGAAAUAAUUACUGGACACCAACUUUUACAGAAUGUUCUCUGUGAUGCAUUCAAGUCCAUGGAAGAAGCAUCGGGAGAGAAAAGAUCUGAACUCUUGGCUCCAGCUGUGAAAAUGAGGCAGAGCUGGUUCAGUGCUGUCACUCUGGUUCAUCACCGCAGGUGCGCGGUGGAAGAAGAUCUCAGACACAGGAGGAUCUACCGCCAUGGCUCCAAACUCUUAUGGAAGCUGUUGAGGGGUGUCGACCCUCUGCUGCCCCCUGCUGCCCCCGCUCUUUGCUCACUGCAGCAACCACGAAGCUGCGCGGAUGAUUACCAGUGUGUUAAAGAGUCCUUGGAUCUGCACUCGACCACGUUCAACCAGACACUGGCAGCUGGCAAGCGCUUGUGUGACACUGCAACAGAGUCGGAGUGUCAGAGUCGAUUGCAGUCGGAGCUGCAGGCCGUUGAAACGUCUUGGAGACAAAAAACCUCACUGCUGCACAAGAGAAAAGACCUGGUUCAUACAACAGCUCAGAAAUGGUCCCAGUGCCAGGACGGAAUAAGCAACAUCGUGACGGAGCUGGAUGACGUGAAGACCAGGAUGAAGCAACAGCUGCCUGAAAAAUCAGAGAAGGAGAAAGAGAAGCUCAUUCAGGAGACAGAGCUCUCUCUGCAGUGUUUGGCCACCGGACUGAGGGAACUGGGAACCAUGAAGACGGACUUGUCCCAGUACAUCCCUGCCGGUGACUCGGCUCUUCUGGAGCAGCAGCUGGAGCAACUCCACGGUCAAUGGGAAGAGCUGUGCAUGAAGGUGUCGCUGCGCAAGCAGGAAAUUGCCGACCGCCUGAACGCCUGGACCAUCUUCAACGACAAGAACAAAGAGUUCUGUGAUUGGCUCACUCAGAUGGAGAACAAGGUGUGCCACAGCAGCGACCAGAGCAUCGAGGAAAUGGUGGAGAAGCUGAAGAAGGACUGCAUGGAGGAAAUCAACCUGUUCAGUGAGAACAAGAGCCACCUGAAGCAGUUGGGCGAGCAGCUGCUGUUGGCGAGCGACGAGGCCAAGCAGACGCAGGUCCAUGGCUCGCUGCAGGAAGUCAACCAGCGCUGGCACAACCUCUUCCACCACAUCGAAGCCAGAGUGAAGAAGCUGAAGGAGACACUGGUGACGAUGCAGAGGCUGGAUAAGAACAUGAGUAACCUCCGCUCGUGGCUUUCCCGCAUCGAGGCCGAGCUCUCCAGACCGAUCACCUACAGCGUGUGUCACCAUGAGGAGAUCCAGAGGAGACUGGCCGAGCAGCAGGAGCUGCAGAGGGACAUAGAGCAGCACACAGAGGGCAUCGCCUCGGUGCUCAGUCUGUGUGAUGUGCUGCUGAGUGAUGAAGAUGCUGCCGGCAGCUCUGAGGUGGAGAGCGACUCCCUGCAGGAAACCAGCCACAGCCUGGACCAGCGCUGGAGAACCAUCUGUGCCAUGGCUCUGGACAGGAGGCUCAGGAUCGAGGAAACGUGGAAGCUUUGGUGCAAGUUCCUCGACGACUACUCGCGGUUCGAAGAUUGGCUCAAGAUCGCCGAGCGUACGGCUGCCAACCCCAACUCUGCAGGCGUCCUUUACACCGUUGCCAAGGAGGAGCUCAAGAAGUUUGAGGGUUUCCAAAGGCAGGUUCACGAGCGGCUGACUCAGCUGGAAAUAGUCAACAACCAGUACCGACGCCUGGCCCGGGAGAACCGCACCGACCGGGCCAGCCAGCUCAAAGCCAUGGUCCACGAGGGGAACCGGCGCUGGGACACGCUUCACCGCCGAGUGGCUGCCAUCCUCCGCAGACUGAAGUAUUUCACGAGCCAAAGGGAGGAAUUUGAAGGCACCAGGGAGAGCCUGCUGAUGUGGCUGACCGAGCUGGACCUGCAGCUCACCGACGUGGGACACUUCUCCGAGAGUGAUGUCCAUCACAAGAUACAGCAGCUCAAUAGUUUCCAGAAGGAGAUCACGCUGAACACCGAGCGCAUUGACGGACUGAUCGUGUUUGGAGAGGGUCUGAUCCAGCGCAGCUCGCCACAGGACGCGGCGCUGAUAGAAGAGGAGCUGGAGGAGCUGUACACCUACUGCCAGGAUGUUUUCAGCAGACUGGUCCGCUUCCACCAGCGCCUCAGUCAACCUACGCUGAUUAAAGAACCAGAGCUCUCCGGUACCGCCUUCUCUCUGGAGUCCAGUUUGGAGCUGAUUGGCCGGUCGUGGCUCAGGCGGGGCCUCGGGAGCCUCCCGGCCACGCCCACCCACCCGCUGACCUCCCCUCUGGAGCGCUCGGGGUGCGGGACACCGGUGAGCGUGGACUCCCUGCCUCUGGAGUGGGACCACACCGGAGACGUGGGAGGAUCAUCGUCGCCCGAGGACAGCGAUGAUGACGAGGAUGAUGAUGAGGGCGAAGAACACGAGGAGGAGGAGAGAUACUUCAGUGCUCUGUCAGUAUCCAGCAGGUCUAUGGUCGUAGAGAAGUCGUCAGUGUGGAGAUCGACAGCAGACCCCGAAGCUCUGCACUCAGAGGGCCACGUCGAGGCUGCACCCACCUUCACCAGCACGCCUCGAAAGCAGGCCUAUCUGGGGUUAAUGUCUCAGUGCAGCGGCAGCAUCGAGGACAUUAAAAGAGUCUCGCUGAUCCUGGAUGAGGAGGAGCGGCAGCCGCAGGAGCUCGGCCUGACGGGACUAACCGCCUCAGACAAACAGUCUGGUGUGAUUGAACGCUGGGAGCUGCUCCAGGCUCAGUCCAGGAGCGAUCAGCUGACCGGCCCACAGGAGCUCCAACAGCUCACGUCUGACCUCGACCACCUCACUUCCUGGUUAGAGAGCGCGAUCCCAGAGCUGGAACGGCCACAUUGCUCCAGCACGGCGGCGGCGAGUAUAGCAGACAUGGAGGCCAGAGCCAGAGAGCUAAAGGAGAUGCAGAGAAUGUUUACUCACUACAAGUCCAUCAUGCUGUCUGUUAACCUGAGAGCUCAGGAGGCUCCAGAGCUUCAGCAAAGACUGUUGAGUAUGAACAGAGACUGGAGCAGAGUGUGCACAGGUCUGCAGCAGUGGGACGCUGGACUGAGGAAGACUCUGAUGCGCUGCCAGGAGUUUCACGGGACUCUCCACUCUCUGCUACUGUGGCUGGCCCACGCUGAGAGCACACGCUACGCAGUGGACAUCAGUGACCCGGACACGUGCGUCCAAGUCCUGCAACAACAUUGCAACACACUCACACAUCUGCAGGAGGAGCUGCAGAGCAGACAGAGGCAGCAGACUGCACUGCAGACUCUGUGGUCACAGCUCCAGCCCGAGGACGAGGACGCCGCCGCCGCCGCCGCCGCCACCACCGCCGAGGACCAAGCAGAGGCUCAGGAGAAGCUCCACGUCACGGGCAGCAAACUGAAGUCUCUGUUGAGAGACGUGGACCGAGAUCUGAGCGUCGUACAACAGCGACUGAACAGUGACACUGCGUCAGCUGUCCAAGGUCAAAGUUCCUCUGCAGAACCUCCGCAGGAGAAGAACAUUUCCUCCACACACAGAGGGACGAGGGAGUCGUCUCCUCCUCGCUCUUUCUUCUACCGAGUCCUCCGCGCCGCGUUUCCCCUGCACCUCCUCCUGCUGCUCCUCCUGUUGCUGCCGUGUCUCAUCCCGCAGUCGGAGAGCGACACUAGCUGCACUGUGGUCAACAACUUUGCCCGCUCCUUCUACCCCAUGUUACGCUACACCAACGGGCCCCCGCCCACCUGAUCAUCCACACACACACACACACACGACCAAAAUGGCCCCAUGUUUUCUUUUUGAAAAACAUUUCAUGUAUUCCAGAACUCAUUUACAUGAGAGUAUUAGGGCCACAUGUUUGACAAUGUUUUCAAAGAAAGUAAAUCUUGAAUUCUGAAAUUAAAGUCAAAAAGUUGGAAUUCUGAGAAAAAUGUUGGAAUUCUGGGAAAAAGUCAAUACAUUCUGAUUUAAAAAAUUUGGAAUUCUGAGAUAUUCAUCUUUAUUUUGGUUUUUUUUUCUGGCGAAGCUGAAUUAUUUUAGUGUUCUAUCUUAAUUUACUCUUCACCAGUAAUACUUACACUUAAAAUAGGCCUUGCGGUUGCAGAGAUAUACUCAUUUUAUUAUGAGUUCAGAGACCUAAAAAAUAGGCUCAAAUAGGCUUAGGUAAAGUGGAAUUAUGAGGGGAAAAAAGUCAGAAAGUUGGAAUAUUUUUUUUCCCAUGUGGCCCUAAUACUCUUCCGUACUCAUUUGACUACGUCUCUUUCAGGAAAUUUCAAUAUUUGAGGUUAUUAUAAAAAAAUACUGAAACUUCAAGAGCCCUUGUUCCAAGUUUAAAUAAAUUACUAUAAAAAAUCACAAUAUUUAACUCUCAUCUGAAGUUAAAAUAUUGUGAACUAAACAAGCCUCUGUUAGAUUUUUAAAUAUUUCAACAAAUUUUACACAAUAAUGUUAAUAUUCAUAUGUUUAAUAUUACAAUUAUCAUAAUCCGAACUGUUGUGAUUUCAUCUGAAUGUGAAAAAAGAAAAGGAAAGUAGUUUUAAACACAUACAAUGUUUUUUUAGAUACUUUGUAUUGAAUAGAUUAUAAUCUGACAUAUAUUUGCCUCCUGCACACAGAUUAGCAGAUUGGUGUUUUUGUACAUAAUGUAAUAAUAUAAUGCAUAUUUAUGAGAUGAAAAUGGUGGAAUUAUUGUCCUGAUUCUUUGAUGGUAAGCACUGACUGCUUUAUUUUUUAAGUUUUGUCUGAAAUCGUGAUAAAUUAACAAAUCGACCCUGUGAGAGUAUAAUGUUUUGACAAACAAAAUGAAAGAAGAAAAGUUAAAACAGCACAAGAUUUGAAGCAGUAAAAUACAAAUCUAAUUGUAUUUGUGACAAGAGAAAUGCCUUUAUUUCAGCCCUUUGUUUGUGCUUCCAUAAAUGACCAAAAGUAUUUUUUCCAAAGGUAAUAAAGACAGGAAAAUAAAAAAUGUACAAACAUU